AGCUAUGUCUUCAAGCUGGCAGACUUUGGGACGGCUCGUGAGCUGCGAGCAGACGAGACGUUCAUCUCUCUCCACGGGACGGAGGAGUACCUCUAUCCUGGGAUGUACGAGAGGGCUCUGGUCAACCCCAGCAAGAGACAUAAGUUCUUUGCCCAGGUUGACCUGUGGAGUGUUGGUGCCACAUUCUUCCACGCAGCCACCGGACGACUCCCCUUCCAACCUUUCAGGAAGAGAGACGACAAGAAACUCAUGUACCACAUGAUCUCAUCCAAGCAGCCAGGAGUGAUAUCUGGGUGGCAGCUGGAGCCCAGUGGGGAUAUCAUCUACUCCGAGACCCUGCCUAGUGACACAAUUAUCUCUGAGUUAGUUGUUAAUCUUUGUAUGAAUAUGAAAUGCGGGUUACAGUACUUGGUCUGUGUGUGAAUGUGGCUGCUAUUCUGCCAUGAUAGGCUGAAACACAGCCUUUAGAGGGAUGUUGAAGGCAAUUGAGCUUUUAUGUGGGGC